UUGUUGAGUCACAAAAGGGCCUUGGUGGUGCAAGCAAGAGAGCUGCAGAGCCCAGCACAUGGGACCCGGACUGGGGGCUCAUCUAUGGGGCAAUUCCAGAGCAAACAAGGAGAUGUGAGAGCUGAAGUCCGGCGUAGUGUGGUUGGUCACCAGAGCAGGGAGUCCCGACAGCCAAAUACCCAGGAGCAAUCUCAGAAACAGCAAAGUUCUUCACCUUCACGGGAGCACAACAGACCUGGUGAAGCCUCUGUUUCUAAAUCAACAAAGAAACUGCAGCAAAGUCAGAUGUCUACUGACCAUUCUUACGGACAAGCUGAAGUCCAGCAGAGCAUAGUUGGUAACAAGUACAGGGAGUCCAAACAGCCAAAAAACCAGGAGCAAUCUGAGAAACAGCAAAGUUCUUCACGGGACCACAGCAAUCUCUCUAAAGCCUCUGUUUCUAAAUCGACAAAGAAACUGCAGCGAAGUCAUCUGUCCACUGACAGUUCUUACGGAGAAGAGACAUUGGAUAAACCAAUGAAGAAAAGGGUUAUCCCCAAAAUUGUUGUCACUGGGCCCUUCGAUGAUGAAAUGUCGAGUACUUCGGUGGAUAAUCUCCCUGAGUCCAAAACCAUCAGGGAUAUAGCUGACAGUGGUUCGUACAAUGUGCACACAAAACCCAGCACCAUAGAGGCUUACCAAGUCAGGAAAGAAGCAGCAUGAGCUCUGGCUCUGGCGAGUAGCUAUUGCUCAUAGUGACAACACAAAGACACCAGGAUGUGAUGAAUGCCACCAAAUAGGGCCAGUGAUACAACCCUGGACCCCGCAAUCAUUAAACAGGAAUCCGACCCAACAA